ACUUCCUCCAAGAAAACGGCAAACCCUGGCGCUCAUCCUCCUCCAAAGAGUUGGGUCGGCCUCCCGACGGCGCCUCCUACCGCAAACCCUCGCGAGCUGAAGAUCGGGCCAGGCGCGGCGGCGGCAGCAACGACACCUUCUAAGUGAAGAGCUGUCGUCGCCCACCGCCGCCGCCUCCUACCGCACACACCUCGCCGGCGAUGGCCAUCGGCUCCGUUGGAUUCCCCCAACGUCCCCUGUAUCCACAACGCACCCACUGUCCGCGUCUGGUAGUCUGGUUCAAUUUACGCAUCCAGAUACGAUGGAGGUGGGGCUCGCCAAGGAAGCGGUCGCGGAGGCUGCUGGGCCCGUGUGCAUCGUGCCCGGACAGAAGGCGUCGCUGUGCCUCAUGGGGUUCAAGGCUGGCGGCACUAGGCGCGGGGAUGGGAAGGCCGAGAGGGAGCGAGAAAAAGGGGUGUGACGAAAACAACACUGUUGUCGGUGGUGGUGGCCGGAGCGAGGUUAAAAUUGUGGAGUUGAAGACGAAGGUGGAUAGCUUUUUGAAUGCUAUCAGCUCAAGUGCAUGGAAGUAUACUAGGAGCAUCAAAGAGUCAUCGCUGACCGGAAGAGCAUCAUGUCUAAGGUUUCAUGUAGUUAAAUAUCUGUGGCAGGUGGUGAUGCAGAACUUGCACCAAGCGUAAAAUAGGGCGAGUAUCUAGAAGCAUAUAAUCAUCUGGGGCGAGACCUUAAUCUUAAGUACCACAAAUGUCCGAUUUAUGCAAUGAACAAUGCUGAAAUGCGAUGCUUUACUAAUAGCCAAGUUGAUUAGCCUGAAUCAAACUCUUGAAGCUGUCUCCUAGGAGGGAUCCUUACUUUCCCCUCAUCAUCAGUGUAACAUUUUCUCGGGGAAUUCAAGUGAAGUCAGUACAAGCUACUGAAAUACUCUCAGAUGAGUAGUUGGACACGUUAGAAGCAAAUGAAGAUGCAAGCCCUGGCCGUCACGUGUCAGCAAAUUAUGUGACUAAUUAGACAGUAUUUACUACUAAGUACUAUAAAUCUAUAAUCUAGAAUUAUAGGUUGAUGAUUUGCUCUUUUGGAAUAACAAUCUGUCAACCUGAACUGUUUUUUGACCUGCCUAUCUUUCUAUGUACUAAUAGGUUGAUUUGCUCUUCUGGAAUAACAAUCACUCAACCUGACUUCUUUACCACCGGAUAGUACAAUCUAUUGGUCCCUUUC